GAAGUAUAUAUUAGUGUUGUCAAAUGCCUUUUACCGCGUAUAAUAUAUCUCACCCAAGAUGAAAUAAAAGAGUACCUCAAGGACUACUUGAACGAAAAGUUCACUGAAUUUAUGGCGAACUUAAGUGCUAACGAUUUUGCAAACUGGUUCCAUAGUAUGUGGUGUUCUCAA